GUCGGCGGGGGAGGUGAUGAUGGAGAAGGUGAUGAAGCAGAUGAAGGGCGACAUGCUGGCCGCGUCCGAAGAAUAUAAUCUACUAGAUAAGAUGCAGACCACAACUGAGGCGAAAAUGAAGGAACUUGUCUCAGCUACCUCCAACAUCAAUGAGAAUCUUGAGACCUUGGAAAAGAAAAAGAAAGAAUUGAACCCCCUCCUAGACCAAAUCACCGACUUGGAGACCAGCGUGGACGAGCUUUUGAAUACUGCACAGCUUCUUGAUGACUACUCCAAGAAAAUUGAGUCAAAAUACAAAGAGAUCAUCAUCUCUCGUCGAUCGUGAGAUUCCCCCCCGCUUAUUCUUUGAUCAGAACAUCAAAACGUCUUUAAACUCAACUUGAAUGGGAAUGCCGACACUUAUAUGCAAAAUUUGUAUCCAGGUUUGAAUGGAAUGUAUUCGCCAAGUUUAAUAACCAGCCGCUUUGAGUU